AUGAGCCGCCCCAUCGCCAGGGCUGCGCGUCGCGUGCCCACCACGGCUGAAGUGGUCAUUGGCGCCCAAGUCAACAUUGUCCUCAAAGCCGACCAACCAACGGGAAGAACUGUCACCGGCACCGUGGGCAGCGUGCUCACGCGCGGGAACCAUCCCCGCGGCAUCAAAGUGAGACUUGUCGACGGGCGCGUGGGGAGGGUCCAGACCAUGGCACGGGGCUCAGCAUCAACAGAAGAUUCCGGCACGUACGCGGGACAAGAGGAACUGGGCGGCUCAUUGGCAGCCGCGGGCGAUGCACAGAACAUCCUUGGUGGUGCGCUCCUCUCGGUGGACGGAACGGCAAACGAAACAGAAUCACGCCCACCACGGCGGGGUGGUCGGCGGCGUAAUGACGAGGCGUACCAGCCCCCGCCGCCCCAGGGAAUAGGACUGGAUGCCUACAUACGGCCAGCGAAGCAGAAUAGGAGGAGGCGGCAAGAAUCGACUCAGUCCUCCGAAGACGCGCUGCAGCAACCAGCGGCUUCAACCAGCGGCGAGAUCGUCACAUGUCCCCGGGCCAUUUUGAUUGAUAGACAAUAA